AUGGUCUCGAUGAUCAAGCAGCAAUCCGGCGGAGUGAGCCUGGUGCUCCUCCUGCUGGCCGUCCUUGCCACGCUGGCCGCCGCAACACCCGUCCCGACGCCUCAGCUACCGCAAUUCGAUCAGCAACAACAGAUGGGCCCGACGCAGGAGCUGGAGGUGGCAGCGGAGCCCAAGCCGCCGAUCCAGGCUCCCUCGCCCGACAACGGCGGCGCGACGGUCGACCAGGACACCGGACAGGUGACCAUCAAGAAGCCGCCCGGAGACAACGGCACCGUGACGCUGCCGAUCCAAGCGACGAUAUACCACGGGGUCCCGGGACCCAAGAACUGCCGCGGGCCGGCCAUGGGCGUGAUCGAACUGCCCGGGUCGGGCAAGGCGCUGGCGUCGCAGGGGGAGCGGUGCUACGACCUCGCGCAGACGGCCAACUGCGGCGUCUUCAUCUCCAACAAGGCCGACGGGUGCGAGGCGCGUCUGUUCAGCGACCCGGGCUGUCGCAAAGAGAACUUUGUCAACAUCGUCGUCUUCAUGCCCGAGCAUCGCGCCGUCGGAGGCGUCUGGAGGAGCAUGGGCAUCCGGUGCGGCGUGCCCGAGCCCGACCCGGCCACGCUCGGAGAGCCCCCGCUGGCGCAGUACAUGAAGAAGGUACCCAAGAAGCCCAAGGGAGGCAAGGGACCGGGCGUUAUUCCCGUGCAGCCCACUACUUAG